AUGCAAGGAUUUUGCAGCCAGUUUUUUCGAAAGCUGCUGAAAAGCAACCAGCUGCGUCUAGUGGAUCCUAUUAUUCAAGCUAGACGCACUUUUGUAACUACUCAUCCUUUAUGUAAUAACCUCCAUUUAAACUUUACACCUGAUACUCAGCGACACAUAAAAAGCAAUUCAUCGGUAUUGCUAGAUCAACUUAAUGCCCAAUUACAAGCUAGAAAGUAUAAGGAAAGCGUUGCCACGUUCGCUGGCCUGAAGCCAUUAGGUAUCUUGGAUUCGUUUACCCUUACUAAAUAUAUAACCUUUCUUGUGAAUCGUUCAAAAGGUCUUCGUGGUCGUGGGUCAGUUGAUAAAAGCACUUUAGAUAACUUGGAUGAUAUUUUAAAGUAUGCUAUUGAGCAUCAGGAAGUGGCCACGGCUCAGUUUUGGUCCAGCAUGAUUAAGUCCUACAUUGACUUGAAUCUUUAUGACAAAGCCGCUUUGCUUGCCGACAUGGCAUUGAGCCAUAUCGAGUUUUUGCACAACGAUACAAAGAUCCUUUCCAGUCUUUAUUUAUGUAUUUUACAUGCUAAAUUGUUAAACGAUUCGACUUUUGAUCAGUGUAGCCAAAUUGGAUCGAGAAUCCAUGAGCAUCUUGGAGGACGAGAAGCUAUUGACGAAUUAGUGGCUGUCUACCUGAUUUACGCAGUGUUCCCUGAUCCUCCAAUCCAGAAAAAGGCUCAUCAGGCUCUCGUUAAUCUGAAAGGACUGACCUCCUAUCAUUCUGAAAUCGUCUUGUCUGUACUCGCCCACAAGGAGUACUUUGAUGACGGUUCUGAGUAUUUGCUCAAAUCAAAUCUGAAUGAUUAUAAUCUCCCCUCUGUAUACACGACAGUCUGGUAUUUGCAAAAAAUGUUUGAACACGAGGAAUCUGUGUGGCCAUUGAUGCCAAUUUUGGAAUAUCAUCUUGAGGUUUCUCCACGCAACGUUAGUCGAUUGACGAAUUGUAUCCUUAGUUUGGCUCUCAAGCAACCUAUCUCAAAUGAAAAAGAUCGUGGAAAGGUUGAAAAGUUUAUCAACAAUUUGUUGAACCGUGUUUUUGAGGAAAAGCGCUAUGAGCCAACUAUUGCUACAGCAAAUGCUUUAUUUACUGUUGCUUCUCGCUUGCGUGAUGAGAAAUGGCUUUUCACUGCUCUUGACUUGAUUUCCAAUUAUGAACUGGAACCGUCUCAUGUAACCUAUCGCUCUUUGUUGAUUACGUAUACGAAUUUGCCCAGUACUUUUGAGCAAAUUACUCAAACUUGGAGACAACUAGAAACCCUCUUUUCGGAACGCUCUUUACCGGUAACAGAAAAGGAGCUUUCAAUUCUCUCUAACUGUGUAAAUUCGCAACCAGAACGUGAAAACCAAAAUGCCUGCUUGGAAUUCCUUGGACAGCAGCUUAACAAAUACGUAACCAAGAAAGUGUUCACAUAG